CAGCUGUCAUUUGACACUUCCUUUCGAGUGAGCGCAGCGAGCAAAAACGGGCGAAACGUCAAUAAUUGAAAACGGCAUAAAUAGUUGAUAAUGUUUUUCGCGUAUUUUUCUGCACCGUCCGGAUAAAAUAUCAACAUAUGCUUCAAACCAAACUGGUGACACUCAAUUAGCUAGAAUGUCAUCGAGGGUACUGCGUAAGAUUCAGGGCGACACCGAGUUGAAUGAUGAGGUGUCUGAUAAUGAGAUUGAAAAUGAAUUGCCAAGUGGUGGUGCCAGAAGGAAGCAAUUAAACGUAAACCGAUAUGAUUUGUUGAACCAGAUGUCAUACUCUGAAAGUGAAGUCAAAGAGGAUGAUAAUGAAACUGAAGCCAACAAGUCAUGUGAAGGCAAUGAUAUUCAUGAAUCCACCAAGCGAAAGAAAAAGAAGAAGAAGAAGAAAUCAGGGAAGUCUGUUACAGCUGAGAGGAGUAGUGAAGAUAAUGCUGAGAUGGAUGAGGUGGAAAGAUCAGUCAGGGAGGUGAAUAAAAUUCUGGGUGAUGCUGUUAUUUCAAGGCAAAGCAAUAUUGGCAUGGUAAAAGUUGAUAAGUUACUGAACAGUAAGAGAAACAUUCUCAAUGUUCAACACAAACAUUUGAAUCCAAAUAAUGAACUAAAACGAAUUUUUGGUUCUAAAAUCAUUCAAACUGAGCAUAAGAAGAAACACAGGAGUGUCAGGGGACAUGUAAAAGCCACAUGGCUGGUUUCAAUGAAAGACAAUUGGCCACAAAUCACAAAGACUGGCCUGUCAAUGAGUGUGAGUGAUUCCAAGGGCAGUGCAGGGGUCCAACUAUUCAACUUCGAGCAUAGCGUAAAUUAUCGUGUCAUUCAAAAUCGGUUCUUCGAUGCGGUGGAGAGUAUUAAUCCUAAUAAUAUAGUUGAAAUUAUCAAUGAACAUCCCUAUCAUAUUGACGCGCUUAUUCAAGUCUCUGAUCUUUGCAAGAUUAGCGAAAAUCUUGCAAUGGCUGCCGAAAUUAUUGAGAGAGCGUUGUACUUUUUGGAAUGCGCAUUUCAUCCAUGCUUCAACAUUGCUACAGGAAACUGCAGGAUGGAUUAUAGAAGACAAGAAAACAGAGCACUUUUUAUAACCCUCUUCAAGCACUUGUUAAACGUGGGCAGUCGUGCGUGUUACCGAACUGCAUUGGAGUUUUGCAAAGUGAUUCUAUCACUUGAUCCGGAAGGUGAUCCCUUGGCAAUCAGACUGGCAUUGGAUUUCUACGCUCUGCGGUCGAGAGAAUACCAGUGGUUCGUCGAUUUGUACAACGAAUGGGAACCGACAAUGAAUUUAUCGCAGCUGCCCAACUUUGCUUUCUCGCUUCCCAUCGCGCAUUACUAUUUAUCCAAUGGAGACUACAAAAUGGCGGACCAAUUGCUGCAAGAUGCGCUGUUGAUGUUCCCUGGUACAGUGAUGGUUUUAUUGGAGAAAUGCUCGGUGCAGAUUGAUAAUCGGGUCGCCAAACAUGAAUUCUUCGGACCUAAUUCACAAAAUAAGCAACCACCCGCUCUCGCUCAGUUAAUUAAUUUGUACGUGCAUCGUUCGUAUCAUGUUUGGAAGGAGGCUGACUUGUUGCAUUGGUUGGAGAGGAAUGUGCAUGCUGUGUUGGACCGCGUUGAUGCGGGUGAUCCGUUGGCGAAGGAAUAUGAGAAGAAGAGGAACAUGCGUUAUCAGGGUAUUCUGCCCAGAAAUAUCAGCCGUCACAUUCUUUUAUCUGACAUGAAAGGUGUGACUAUUAGUCCGCAAGCUGAUGAUUCCGGAAUUGGUAUCAUGGCGUUUGAUCCGUUUCCACCGCUUGAUUCCAUUAAUAUUUAUGCUCGAAACAAUCGACCAAGAACAACACAAUCAGGUAGCACGCUGGGCAUGUUCUUCCGUUCGCUCUUGCCCAAUUUUAAUAACGAACUUCCAGACAACAACUUAUUAGAGAAUGUGGAAGGUGCUCAUGCACUAGUUGAAGGAGCAGGCAAUGAGGGUGGUGCCGAAGGUGGCGAUCUGCGAAUGAGUGUCGCAUCUCUUGUCGGUGCAAUCAGGGAUUUACUGAGCAACAUUCGUCUAGCAGAAGUGCCGGUGGAGGCUGACGUAGACGAGAACGAUGACAGCGACGAUGAUGACCCCAACAACUACUUAACAUAGUGACAAAAAUGCUACUUAUAAUAUACACACUUUCGAAAAUACAACGCAACUGUUGUGAUUUUUACAUGUUUAUUGUUUGAAUUAAAUUCAUUCAAUACAUUGAAUUGCAUUGUGCAAUCUGCAUAACUACACGUGUAAUCCGAGGUGAAUUUCACAGCGAAAAAAAGGAAUAUUGUUAAUUGGUGGCCCACAUGUUUCAAACAAAUCAUAUUAAAGAAUCACAAUUCAAA